AUGUCUACCUCCCUCGACCAGCUCAAGGCCACCGGCACCGUCGUUGUCAGCGACUCCGGUGACUUCGCCUCCAUCGCCAAGUACAAGCCCCAGGAUGCUACCACCAACCCCUCCCUCAUCCUCGCCGCCUCCAAGAAGCCCGAGUACGCCAAGCUGAUUGACGAGGCCGUCGCCUACGCCAAGAAGAAGGGCGGCUCCGUCGAUGACCAGGUCGACGCUGCCCUCGACUCUCUCCUCGUCGAGUUCGGCAAGGAGAUUCUCAAGGUCGUCCCCGGCAAGGUUUCCACCGAGGUUGACGCCCGCUUCUCCUUCGACACCAAGGCCUCCGUCGACAAGGCCCUGCACAUCAUUGAGCUUUACAAGGAGCAGGGUAUCUCCAAGGACCGUGUCCUGAUCAAGAUCGCCUCCACCUGGGAGGGUAUCAAGGCCGCUGAGAUCCUCCAGCGCGACCACGGCAUCAACACCAACCUGACCCUCAUGUUCUCCAUCACCCAGGCCAUCGCCGCCGCCGAGGCCGGUGCCUACCUUAUCUCCCCCUUCGUCGGCCGCAUCCUCGACUGGUACAAGGCCGCCCACAAGAAGGAGUACACCAAGGAGGAGGACCCCGGUGUCAAGUCCGUCGGUACCAUCUUCAACUACUACAAGAAGUUCGGCUACAACACCAUCGUCAUGGGUGCCUCUUUCCGCAACAUUGGCGAGAUCACUGAGCUUGCCGGCUGCGACUACCUCACCAUCUCCCCCAACUUGCUUGAGGAGCUCCUCAACUCCGACGCUCCCGUCCCCAAGAAGCUUGACGCUGCCGCCGCCGCCAGCCUCAACCUCGAGAAGAAGUCGUACAUCAACGAUGAGCCCCUCUUCCGCUUCGACUUCAACGAGGAGCAGAUGGCCGUCGAGAAGCUUCGCGAGGGUAUCUCCAAGUUCGCCGCCGAUGCCGUUACCCUCAAGGACAUUAUCAAGGCCAAGGUCCAGGCAUAA